UUGCAGACUUUCGCUCAAUUAUAUAAUAAGAAAAUGAUACAGGUUGAAUAAGAAAGGGUAAGAAUAUAUUGAUGUGUAAAGCAGUUCCUAACAGUUCCCCUCUAUCGGGUCAUCCAAUCUCUUUUGUUGUUACACCUCCCUCUCCCCUCCAUUCCAUUGUAUCAUUUCCUAUUUUUUCGUCUACUUCUACCGUAACUGUCUCGAGGCAAAUGGAUGAUGUCGGAUUGUUGGUUAUUGGACCAAAAUUUCUGCAAGAUAUUGGUAUCGUUCUGGCGAAUGCAUCUAAGACUGUUACGAAUAAGCUUUAUGUUCGAGUAGCUACUGAAUUGGACCUUUUCGAGGUUUUGUCGAAGGUUUAUAUAGAAGGAUCGAAAAUUUGCGAUACGUUGGAUAUUCGAGUAAUUGUUGAUGAUAGUCGAGAAAGAAUAUUUAAAACAAUCAUUAGUGAAGAUAAAACGAUUGAGUGUAAUCGAACAUUUGACAAACCAUACGGCGCCGUUGUGCUUGGCGGGACGUUUGAUCGUCUGCAUAAUGGUCAUAAGAUGCUUUUAUCAAGAGCUGUAAUGGCAGCAUCGGAACGUGUAGUAUGUGGCAUUACUUGUGGUGAUAUGAUUAAAAAAAAGGUAUUGUGGGAGCUAAUGGAACCGUUUGAAAAAAGGGCAAAAGCUGUGCAAGAAUUCGUAGAAGAUAUCAGCUGCAUUGUUCGUUGUGAAGUGCAUCCCAUCAUGGAUCCAUAUGGUCCGUCAGUCGUUGAUCCUGAUUUGAGGGCAAUUGUUGUUAGUAAUGAAACGGAAAAAGGUGGUCAUGCGGUUAACGAUAGGAGGAAAGAGAGGAAUCUUUCAACUCUUGAUUUAAUAAAAAUAAACUUAAUCGAUGGAAAGGAUGAAUUAAUGGGGGAAUAUAAGUUGAGUUCAUCUACACGACGUCGAGCAUUACUGGGAACGUUUUUAAAACCACUAAAAUUCGAGAAGUUUCCUCGACCAUUUGUUAUUGGUUUGACAGGUGGCAUCGCAUCCGGAAAAACGGACGUUGCAAAUUUCCUUUCUGAAAAUGGUUGUGAGGUGAUAAAUUGUGACAAAUUAGCUCAUGAACUUUACGAGAAAGGAACUGUUAUAGCAACCAAUAUUGCUACAACAUUCGGCGACCACAUUGUGCAAGAUGGUGUGGUUGACAGAAAAAAAUUAGGAACUAUCGUAUUUGCUGAUAAAGAAAAACUUAAAUUGUUGAAUGAUAUCAUUUGGCCUUUUCUAAAGAAUAAGGUCAAAGAAACCAUUGCGCAAAGCAAAGCGGAAUUUGUUGUUGUUGAUGCAGCAAUACUUCUGGAAGCAGGCUGGGAUACUGAUGGAAUACUGCACCAAGUAUGGAGUUGUAUAAUACCCCCAACUACUGCUAAAGAGCGCAUUGUGGAACGAGACCAUAUUACACCCGAGGAAGCAGAAAAGCGAAUCCAUUCACAAAUGAAUAAUUUGGAGCGUGUAAAACGAAGUGAUGUUGUGAUCUGUCCAUUAUGGGCAUAUGAAGAAACGAGAAGACAACUACUUCUGGCUUUGUCCGCGCUACGAUCAUUUGCUAAUCAGCGUCUUCGGAAAUAUAAUUCCGCCACUGCUUGA